CAAUAGUUAAAGGGAACAAAAGUUAGUAAACGUUUACACUCGGCUAAGGUCGAAAAGCCUAAAUUCCACCAUUUACCACACUCCUCACUGAUCAACUCUAGGGUUUCAUUCCCCUUACCAGAGUCGAAAUCGGAGGAAGAGGUAGAAGAAGAUGCCGCUAAGCGCGACGGUGGUGGGAGCCCUACUGGGAUUGGGCACCCAGAUGUACUCCAAUGCCCUCCGCAAACUCCCUUACAUGCGCCAUCCGUGGGAGCAUGUGUUGGGGAUGGGAAUCGGAGCGGUUUUCGCCAAUCAGAUGGUCAAAUGGGAAGUCAAAGCUCAAGAAGACCUUGACAAAUUGCUGUUAAAGGCGAAGGAAGCCAACGAGCGCCGUUACUUUGAUGAUGAAGAUUAAUGCUGGGCACCACACUUAACAAAGAAUAAGGUGUGCCUAGUGGCUUGAGCUGUGUGUUAUGUAGACAAUUUUUUUGGCUCGACCAGUCUACUCUUUUCGUAAGAUUGUUUUUUUAUGAUGUUAUUUUGAAAUGGAUUAUUUAAUCCAUGCCAGAAUAAUAAAAGAUCCACAUCACCUCUAAAACUGACUUUUUGUUUUUUUGGCCAUUGCUGAUAAUGAACAAACUUUAUUUCCUCUUGGAA